UCCAACCACAGCAGUGACUCCAAACACAGCAGAGACAACAGCAGCUCCAGGUACUACUACUACAGCAGCUCCAGGUUCCUGUGCUUCAAACCCUUGUGGCAAAGGAAGCACGUGUGAGGCUCGAGCCACUCAGGGCUUUGUAUGUUUGUGUCUGGCUGGUGACAUGUACAACUACAUAACCGGCAGUUGUGUGAAGGCCAAAGUUUUCCCUGCACACUUAAACCUGCCUAACAUACCAUAUGAAAACAAUAUGUCAGACAAGGCAUCACCAAUGUUCAAAGAGACUGCAGACCGUAUUACCCAAGAGCUGGAUGAGAUUUUCAGUUCUGAUCCUACCUACGUUCGAUCUAUAGUGCUGAAACUGUGGUCAGCUGUCAACAGUCAAUUAAGGGAGGCGCAAGGGACCAAUACAUCUAUAGAGAUCAUCUUCUCAGCAGUAUCCAACAUCACAACAAGACACAUCUUAUAUGAGUUGGGCACAGCCAUAGCCACCUCAUGCAACACAUGUACACUGAAAGGAGCAGCUGUUGUUGAUGAGAAGCUGUGUGACAGGGACCCAUGUGAGGAAUUGACCACAACAUGCUCAUCAAACGAUGGAAAUUUUACCUGUACCUGUAAGGAGGGCCACAUCCCAACUGACAGUCUUCGAAGGUGUCAUGUUUGUCCCUCUGGACAAAAAGCAGGGGAUUCUGAGUGUAUCAAUUGUCCAUUUGGUUAUUCUGGUUUUAACUGCAAUGAAUCAUGGCAGCUCAUUCUGGUGAUCAUUGGCUCAGUGUUCACCGCACUGCUGCUCAUAGCCAUCAUUCUUCUGCCAUUACUCAUUCGCAAGUUUUCAAAGAAAAAGUCGAAGACAGACACUUCUUCCAAGACAUCAUUGAUCAAUGGCCACUCACUCAACAGCCAUGCUUCAGUCUUUGAUAAGGGGUCAGCCACUGGCUUGGCAGUUUUUACCAAGAAUGGGGUUCUUAGACUUCCACGGGCAACGGUCAACAGCAGCUGGAACAGCACCACCAGGCUGGAGAUGACUGCCAGCAAUAGUUAGCAAAAGCUGUUUCCUGCAGGAAAUAACUCAUGUGGCAGUAACACAUCCACUCAGACAUAAUCCCACAACAACUGCAAUGAUCAGAGUGGGGGCUACAACACUUCUUACAUGUGAGACAAUGAAAAUUAACUUCUCGAAGGCUCAAAUCAAUCUUGUCUUUUACCAACCACCUUGUCAGGUGUGUUCAUGAAUUUUGGCAGAAUUCAUUAAACAUGUUUAUGUCAUUGUUAUAGUUUUGUAUAACAGAGUAUUGUUUAUGCUUAAUGACUAAUUAAACUGAUGAAUGAAAUAAGAUUUAGUUUUCCUUUCAUUAUUUAGAGAAAUGUAGAGAAAAACAAUAACAAAAUCACCUUUCUAGAUUUUGAGUUUUAAUAUAUCUGUUUUGUUUUUAUUAAUAUGAAUAUUCAUCCAUCUUUAUUGACAAAUAAGUGUAUCUGUAUCUUUCUAUUGCUGUUAAUGACUACCUCUGUGUUAAUCUGUGCAAUAACUGGAUAUUUGCUCACCAUAUCUGGGGAGUUAUUUUGUAUAUGUUUCUAUUUAUAGUCAUAUUUUGUGGGUUAUUGUUUUCCCCUUUUGUUGAAUACUAUAUUUUCAUAUUACAGAUUUUGUCAAAAAAUAAACAAAUUUUGUUCCAA